AUGUGUGAGGCUUUUAAUCAUGCAAUCUUGGAGUAUAGAGAUAAGCCGAUCAUUUCACUACUUGAAGGAAUCAAACAUUAUAUAACAGUGAGAAUCUUUGCUCAAAAGGAGAAAUUAAGUAGGUACACAGGUGUUAUAAGUCCUAACAUUCAAAAAGUCUUGGAAAAAACAAAGAGGGCAGCAGAAGGAUGGAUUGCAACAUGGCAUGCAGAUGAUGACUUUGCUAUAUUCGGAGUUUCAAACGGUGUUGAGACAUAUGUUGUGAACUUGCUUCAACAAAAAUGUGGUUGUAGGAAGUGGAAUUUAAGUGGAAUACCAUGUUGUCAUGCUAUUGCAUGCAUAUGGUAUAACAAGAAGGAGCCCGAAGAGUACGUUUCAUCAUUCUAUAGGAAAUCUACUGUUCUGGCUACUUAUAGCCAUAUUAUUAUGCCAACCAAUGGCCCAUAA